UCUGAUCCAUACUAUCUAACUAUGAACCUCUGUAUUCACUACCGAUUCAUUUACCAACUCGGAGUAUCCGUUUUAAUCUUCUGCAAUGGCCGACGAAGCGAACAGAGCAGCUUUUCGAGAUAUUCAAGGUCGCAUGAUUGAGAUCACUGGAAAACUGAAGCAGGUACAGAAUCAGAUGCGAAACAAGGAGGGAGAAAAAAAGCGUGCUUUUCUAACCUUGGAGGAGCUGCGACAAUUGUCUGAUGAUACAAAUACCUACAAAUCUAUAGGGAGAACGUUUGUGUUAGAACCCAAGUCAGUUUUAAUGAAUGAACAGGAACAAAAGCUGAAGGAUAGCGAAACUGCAAUUGCCUCAUUACAGACAUCAAAGGAAUAUUUAGAAAAGCAGAUGGUGGAGGUGGAGAACAACCUUAAGGAGCUCUUGGAGCAAGAUCCGGGUCUUGCUCGGCAGAUAAUGUCCAUGACUGUAAUGUAAAUCAUACAUUUCUGAGAAUUUUCUUCUGUGCGCUUUAUUUUCCUUUUGGAAAGGGAAAAAACGUGAUAAUGAUAGUUUGCAAUGUUUGUUGAGAAAAGUCUGGUAUUCAAAUCUGGUGAGAUGUUAUGAAUUAUGAAGCUACUCUUGCAAGACCUUGUUUUUUAUGGCUAUCUUCUUAUCCUCCCACAAGUCUUUAUUGAAUCGUCAAAUAGAUUUCAAGUGAUAUGGUGUAUAUGGAAACCUCUUCCUUUCAAGGGAAUUGGAGAUGAUUCAUUUUA